GGCAGGAAGGCGGAGAGGCGGGUUGGGGGGCGGAGGAUCAUAAAGAAUAGAGAGAGAGAAGAUCAGAGAUCGUGGUGGUGGGAAGGGGGUGUCUCCUUGCAUUUCAGCUGCAAAGAGAAUCAAGCUGCCGCCACUGCAAAUUGCAACUGGGGGGGGUCCCCUUCCCAGUCACCGAAGGCUGAAGAUCUUAUGCUGCGCCAAAACGGCCUUUAAUAAAGAUCUCGAGCCAGACAGAGACUUUCUCAUUGUUUGAAUUGUUCGGAUCGGAAUCCUAGAGCAGCUUCCCCCUCACAGCCCCCUCGGAAUCUGCAGCUCUUUUUGCUCCUGAACCGAAGACAUCAGGAGCCAGUGGCCUGCAAGGAGUUGUCGUGGGGUCAGAUCAUGGAAGAUGAGUGGCUAGUUGCAGAUCCAAAUGAAAAACCAGUCUACAGGGAAACUCACCCAGAGACCUGUGAAAGCCUGAUGGCUUUGGCAGGAUCUCCAACUUCCAAAUCCAAUGAGAUUUACCUGGUAGACGAGGAAGAGGAACCUUGUAUCCCAGAGCCUGGCAAAAGAGAGACCUCAAGAAGAGCCAAUUUAGGCGAGGGCUUGGGCAGUGAGGAGGAAGAAGAGAGUGAAGAGGAAGAUGUCCAACAGCAGGACAGUCCUGAAGUGGUGGAGCUGGAUGCCAGCAUGGUUUCUGGGGACUGUAAGAGCUUCCGUUGGAGAGUGGUCCAGCAGGUUGGCGGCGGCCAAGUUCUGGCAGGGGAGGGGCCGCCAAUCAUGGUCCUCCAGAAGGGCUACGAGUGCGAGGACUGUGGGAAAGUGUUCAGCUGCAGCUCUCACUACAGCAAGCAUCGGCGCACGCACACCGGUGAGCGCCCCUUCCGUUGCGGGGACUGCGGCAAGAGUUUCAACGUCAGCUCCAACCUUUACCGGCACCAGCGGGCCCAUGCCAAUGCCAGCGCCACCCCUGUCGCUCCCACGCCCUCCCUGCUGCCCAGCCGCGGCUUGCCCUAUCAGUGUGCCGACUGUGGCCGGUGCUUCCGCCGCAACACAGAGCUCGUGACUCACCAGCGCCUCCACACGGGCCGUUUGCCCUUCCAGUGCAGCGACUGCGGCAAGAGCUUCUCGUGGAGUUCGCACUUUGUCCGGCACCUGAGGAUCCACACCGGCGAGAAGCCCUACCCGUGCAAUGAGUGUGGCAAGCGCUUUAGCCGCAGCUCCCACCUCUACCGCCACCAGCGCACCCACGGCACCAAUGCGGCGGCCAAUGUCACCCGCGCCUACAUCUGCACCUACUGUGGGCGGAGCUUCAGCACCACCCUGCACUUUGACCAGCACCAGCGCACUCACCGUGGCCGCAAGCCCUACAAGUGCACCCUUUGCGGCAAGGCCUUUGCCGACGGGUUGGCCCUGGUGAAACACCAGCGCCUGCACUUGAUGGGAGGGGACCAGAGUCACCAGUGUUCUGAGUGUGGGCAGAGCUUUGGAGGGCGGUCGCAGCUGGCCCGUCACCGGCGGCUCCACGGCACCGCCGACAAGCCCUACGGGUGCAGCGAGUGUGGGCAGAGCUUCAGUGCUCGCAGCCAGCUGGCUCAGCACCGGCGGCUCCACAUCUCAGCUGACAAGCCGUACCACUGCGGGGAGUGUGGGUUGAGUUUUACAUGGAGCUCCCACUGGGAACGGCACCGGCGCAUCCACACUGGAGAGAGGCCGUACUCCUGCGGGGACUGUGGCAAGUGCUUUGGGCGCACCUCCCACCUUUACCGGCAUCAGCGCACGCAUGCUGGGGGCCAACCUCACGUCUGCCCGGACUGCGGCAAGAGCUUCAACAGCACCUUGCACUUCCAGCGCCACCAACAUGCCCACCAUCUUGACCCAGACAGUGCUCAGUUCCCUGCCCACACGUGUGGGGACUGUGGCAAGCCCUGUGCCAACGCCUCAGCCCUGCUUAAACACCAGUGUGCGCACACGGGUGAGAGGCCGUAUCCCUGCCCUCAGUGCGGGCGCCGCUUUCGUGGCACCUCACACCUUUACCGGCACCUCCGUAGCCAUGGCCACAGGGCAGAGGAGACUGUGCUUCUGCCAGCUUCUACACAGUGUGAAGAGAUCGCGCCAUGCUAAAGAGCCAAGCAAGCCCGCCCACCCUAGAGAGCGUUUGGCUAAAUGGGGCAGAGAGGAAAGAGCCCAGAGAGCCGUGUCCCUAGCAGACAGACAUUCAGUACUCCUGAAAAGAAUUCCCAAGGUGUCAGGGCCCAGUCCAAAGUCCAUUGGGGGCCGUUCCCAUUCAAAAUAUGUUCUCUGGCCCAACAUUCCAUUUUAAUUUCUGAGGUACAAAGGAAGCAAACCGAUGUUUUAUUGGACCUAUUUAGGUUGGCAUAAGGGCAAGCAAGGUUUCAGGUUUACUCUUUUAUCAGGUACAUUUUGCCUGAUCAAACGUUCUGCAAAACACACAAACUUCCUUGCUCAUACAUCUAUCUAACCUGGUCCAGAACAAAAUAUUUUUUCAACCUCCUCUAUAACUCCGCUGCUUUGCCAUCAGGAUGGCAGCCAGGAUCUCUUCGGUCCCUGAGUGCAGGCGAGUGCACCAAGCAUCCCUGUCUCUGUGACUUGUGUUCUGAGUAGCAAACUGGACUUGCUGAAGAACCAAGGGAAAGAGUUUGGGCAGAGUCAUGGUAGACCAGGUCAAGGAAAAUAGUCACAUAGCCCAGAAAGGAAGGAAGGCAGCUCUGCGCCAAAGAAACAGAUUCUGUGCCCAGAGUAAAUUAUGGAAAUCACACACAACUGGCAUAGAUAAGUUGCAUGAUGGAUUCUCAUGACAGUAUGUGGGUUUUUUGUUUGUUUUGGAGAAUUCAAUGUGAUUUGGGCAGGAACUUGAGAGGGGAUGGAGCAGGCCUGUUUGAAUGAGAGAGAAGUAGUAGCAACAUUAAAUAGGGCCACAGGAACCAGUGUAAGAUAGUAUGUCUGUUUUAGGGCAUGGCUUGAGGGCACAUGAUGCAGCCACCUUAUUGAAAUAAUGGUCUGGUAAGUGCUUUGAUAGGAGACUGUCUGAAAACCCCAUGUGAGCUGUCUUGAGUUCCAUGAUGGAAGAAAGGUAGGAUAUAAAUAUAAUACCUAACAACAAGAAUCCCACCUCCAUCACUGAGGGCCAUCUCCAUCCUAAGAGGCAAGAUGCCUCUCAAUACCAGUUGCAGGGGAGCAACAGCAGGAGAGAGGGUAUGCACAUACCUCUUGCCUAUGGGCUCCCCAGAGACAUCUGCUGGGCCACUGUGUGAAACAGGAUGCUGGGCUAGAUGGGCCUUGGGCCUGAUCCGGCAGGGCUGUUCUUAUGUUCUUAUACAUAAAUUUUGGCCAACCGAAUCAUCUUUGGCCCCCGCAGGCUAUCGGCACUGAUUCGCAAACAUUUCACAAAUUGCUCUUGCUUGCUUGAAGUUAGGCAUGCCUGAUCUCAUUAAAUAUUGUUCGACAUGUGCACGGACCAAGGUAUGAACUGGUUUGGCACCACGGAGAGGGGAGUAAUAAGCAGGAUCUUUUAAAAAGAGAGCAGGUCCUUACCUGCGCUCUCCCGUUGCAUGCAGCUUCCUGCUGUGACAGCGCUGCCCCCAAGAACCCACGCGUGGCACGUGAGUGGGUACCAUUUGCGUGGUCAGCAUGGUGUUGCUGGCCACACACAUGGCGUCUGCGCGGGCACCAUGUGUGUGCCGAUGUUGGGGCAGGUUCUUGGGGCAGCACCGUAGCAGCAGGAAGCUGCAUGUGGUGGUGGAGGAACUGCUCUUCUCUUUUUUAAAAAGAUCUCCUCGCCGCUCCACUCCCCACGGCACCGAACCGGUUCUGACCUCGUCUGAACCGGUUCAGUGCCGAGCCAGUACAUAAACCUUGGUUUGUGCACAUCCCUAAAUAUUGUAACCAUAUUUUUAUAAGAUAUUUAGGGCUAGUUUAUAUAAAUAUAAACCAUCAACAAAUGAUAAAGGUUUUCCUAGAGUGUACCACUUCAGGCUACAAGGAACGGGUUGCAUGACUGAAUACUCCCCUUGAAUAAAACUCCCCACACAUAGAAAACUAAUAUAUCAAGGAUCCUUCUUUCUGGCAUGCUAGUUGCCUAUGGGAAGGCUUUGCCCCAUCCCAUAGGGAGUAUUCAGUUAUGAGGUUUUCCUUCUGCAGCCCAAAGCAGUACAGUUCAGGUAGAGCUUUACCACUUGAUUAUGCCACCUAUGGGCAGAAAAGUGGGAUUAAAAAAAAAAAAAAAGUAAACUGAACAUAUGAAGUAGCUCUACAAGGUCUCAGGCAGACAUCUUUCCUGAUCCUGUUACCAAAGUCCUUUAAAGAGGAAAUACUUGGGAUGGAACCUGGGACCUUCCUAAUAGAGAUCAUAUGCUGUACCACUGAGCUAGAAUCCUAGACCAGAGGACAUAUUUCAUUGCAACAUGGGUCAAAUCACUGGCUUUUAAAUGGACAUUGGAUUGGGUUGUAAGGGAGGCGAUAGAUUAGGUGAGUAGAUUAGAUAGCAGAUAAGUAGAGCAGUAUGGUGUAGUAGGCAGGGAAAUGGACGUCAAUGCAGAGCUGGACAGUUCCUGCGAUAGAAAGCUUGGGAUCUCUCAUUCCAUGUAAACCCAUCAGAGCAACUGAAGGAGAUCCCCACCCUACUCCCACUAUAAAAAGGAAGCAGCCCAAAUUGAAAUGAUCCAUCAGACCCAUCUUUUUUCGUGCCUCAGAUCUAGCAACCCUUUCUCUUAAUGGCUGAGCCAAAAUAGCAAGAAUGAGAAUCGGAAAAGUGUGCCUAUGUACUUUUCUGUAUGGGAUGACCUGAGAACCACUUUCACAAGAGACCUUGGCCUGCCUUCCAUCCACUUUUAUUUUGCAUUUCUGACAUCUGCACAAUGAUUUCACUUUGUGCAUGUUCAGACAUCAACAUGUUUGCUCUCCUAGAGUACAUCAGCAUCAGCAGCGCCCUCUCAUUGCACCAUGCCUCUUUCCUGGUGACUUGUGUACACUGAUCAUUUACUCUCCUAGCUAGAGGCUAGGAGACCAAACACAGUCAAGCACUGGAUUGUGGACCAGCCUGCUCUCUUGAGUUCAUUUUCUGGCGUUGUUAAGGUUAUAUGUAUAAUCCUUGAGUAUUUAGGUGCCCAAAUAAGGAAACAAAAGCCCACUUUUAAAUAUCCAAUUUUGAUUUUCCCAUUAGGUUUGCCAACUGGGGGGAAAAACAAAACAAAGGGCCUGGCCUGUUGCUUCCCCUUGAAUGGAGGCUUAGUCAGCGGACACAGCUUUUCAUGGCAUGGACCUAAACAUAACCAGUUUCUAACUGUUGCCGAUCAAACCACUGUUAAAGGGACAGCUACAAGUGCUGUCCCUUUUAAAAGUGCUUUUAAAAGUUGUUAACCCUAUUCAUCUUGUUCAUUCACUUUUUUGUGUUUAUGGAGCAAUCCAACACUACAGAAAAGCUAAAACCUGACAUUUCUGCUGUUCCAAAGAAGAGCCAACUCAACCCUAUCAGCUUAAAAAAAGGUCAUUCAUCACUCUGUUCCAUCCACCCAUCUUUUCUGAGGCUCAUGCCACACCUUCCCACUUGGCUUUGAAGGUCCACUAUAUUUAGAUUUGGGGAGGAGAGCUGGUCUUGUGGGAGCAAGCAUUAAUUGUCCCCUUUGCUAAGCAGGGUCCACCCUGGUUUGCAUUUGAAUGGGAGACUACAUAUUCCCUUUAAGGGAUGGAGCCGCUCUGGGAAGAGCAUCUGCGUGCUUGCAGAAGGCCCCAAAUUUCCUGGCAUCUCCAAGACCAGGCUGAGGGAGACUCCUGCCUGUGACCUUGCAGAUACUGCUGCCAGUUUGUGUAGACAAUACUGAGCUAGAUGGACAAAUGGUCUGACUCAGUAUAAGACAGCUUCCUAUGUUCCUACUAUUCUAGCUGUCAGGCCAGAUGAGGGAGAAAGCGCCUUGCAGUUGCCUAGCAAUCACGUGAUACACUCCUUAACCACUUCCAGGUUAACCAAGAAAGAUGUUGGGGAGCAUAUUUUCAAAGGGCUCAUUUUCCCCAUCCCAGACUAAUGAAAUGGGUGAUGAGUGCAGAUGGGGGGGGGGAGUGGAGGCCCCCUUCAGAGCUAGGUGUACUUUCCCAUUGGCCCAGCAAUCUCAAUAGGCGUGCACCAUCUGCAGAAGAGGGGCAGUAGCCUGUCGAAAGAUGGUUAGAAGAAAGCUUUCCUUAAGAAGGACUGACCCCACAUGUAGAAACCCUUGCCUGUCGACUGCAGCCACCGCCAGGAAACCAGCUGCGCCCUAAGAUAAAACCUGCAGUGGCUGACUGACUGACUGCCCUGAAAGAUGGCUGCCUUUCUGAUCCAGCUGAGUCUGAAGUGAGCAGGAAUUUGUGUGUGUUGUGAAUAAAAUAGAUUAGGGGAAUAAAAAAAAAAAUCUUGUUCUA